AUGAACCUGAGCGUUACGAUACGAGGAGGCCUCAGCGGGUCAAGUAGCGGAACUAGUCAAAGUGGGUCAAAAAAAUAUGGCAGUAACGUGCUACACAAAACAAAGCUAAAAAAGGACAUUCCAGAAAAGAGGAAAGGAAAAAUCGUGGCAAAAAAAUCUAAAAAUCUGAGUCCAAAAUUAACAGGUAGUAUUUCUGUCUUACCUUCUGAUAGAAGAAAUAAUUUACAUGUCCUGGAAAGAGUUCUUUCUGAGGUGGGGCAUGGGGAUAGCCACCAGGGGUGGAGGAAGUACGCACACAAGUUUGACCUCUUGGGGCGGCUCGUUUCGAAGGCGCACACAGGGAGCGCCAGUUCGGGAGGAACAAAACACGGUGGAAGAAGUUUAAGGGGAACAACACACAGCGGUAGCAACUCACAACGGUCCGCUAAGAAAAGUACGCACCCCAAUCACAUUGGAAGCAAGUUGAUAAAACAAGACGUAAAAGCAAACACACAAGAAGAAAAAAAAAAAAGCCACUUGAUUAUUCUGCAAAAAAAUAUUCCUCUAAAAAAAAAUAAAAAUUUCUACUCGUCCAACUUAAACACACCAACUGUUGCCACCGGAGGAAGGAAAAGUUACAAACUCAGUAAGCUACUAACACCACUGGAAAAGUUUGCAAAAAAAAAAAAAAAUAAAGCUAGCCGAAAUUUUCUAGGAUUAAAAAAGGGCUUGAACAUGGCUAAGGGGGCGAACGGAAAGGCGGAAGGUGAGGCUUCGCAAAAUGGAGACACACAAAAUGGAUUACUUGUUGAGAAGGCAGACUCUGGGGCCAACCACCAAGAGCAGGACUCUACCGAUGGAGCUAAGCAGUCAGUCAUGGAAUCAUCUUCGCUUGGCAAAGGGGCCGAAGUGGACAGCGCACAGGUAGGUCACAUUACAGAGAAGUCACUUGAAGAUCAGGAGGAUACAUCCAAAGAGGUACCCCUCGAAAGGUACACAGCAGAACCAACGGAUCCUUACUUCACCAAAGGAGAAUACGACGCAUCAAAUGAUAUACUUCGAGAGCAGACGUGCUUCUAUGAUGCAGGGAGGGUACCUGCUAGUUUGCUUCCAGGUUACAAAGAGGUAAGCUUUGAGGGGAUAGGUGGUGAGGUUGAAGGGAACGGCGCAUCUGUUAUGGAGUCAACCAGGAGACACAGAAAUGCCAUGUACCUACCGAACCGAUUUUAUAGUCAUCACAACUUUAACCCGGUUAGAAGUAAGGGCGGUCAGGAUGAGGCCUAUUACAUUAACGGGUUAAGUACACUGGAUGGUUGUCUCUUUACCUCAGUCGAUCUGUCUCAAGGGACAAUUCACAAGCAGUAUAACAUCGGGGUUACCUAUCCUUAUGGAGUUCCCUUUGUGGAUGUGAAGCAGAGGGGAAGGAAGAGAUGA